AUGGAAGAAGAGCAGCACUGGGAAAGUACAGAGUUACCUCAGAAGAAAAAGAAGUUAGUGAAGCACAGGAGAUAUGUCAAGCCCAUGGUACCUUAUCAGAUUGAAAGAGAAGCAAUAACCUCUUCCUCAAGUGAUACAGAUCAGAAGAGAUUCAAAUGUGAAUGCCAUUACUGCCAGAGCUAUAUGGGGAACACUUCUGGGAUCUCUACAGAGAGGAAAUUAACUUCUCAUUCUUCCUCCUGGGAUAACCUAAUACAAGAAUUCACCAACUUGAUGCUCAACUCCAGCAUCAUCCAGCCCCCUCUUCUACAAGAAAGAGUGCAGGAAAGAGAGGAGAAAAGCCUGCUCUUCCACAAAAUGGGGCAUAGAAAAGGGGGGAAAAGAGCUAAAAAAAAGAGGCAACAGAAAAGCAAAAUAAUACUUCAGAGGUUUCUGAAAGGGUGGGUGGAAUAG